AUGGGGGCUGGAGAAGAAUAUCAAGUUUUCCAUUCUCUUGAUGACAGUGAAAAACUUUUAUUAUUAUCUGUUAUAUUCACUGGUUUACAAAAUAUGAAUAGAUUGAAAAUGGUGAAAAUCGAUGCUAUCAAUGUCCCUGAUACACAUAAUACCUAUUUACAAAUUGGAGUAGUGAAAAUCGAUGCUAUCAGUGUCCCUGAUACACAUAAUACCUAUUUACAAAUUGGAGUAGUGAAAAUCGAUGCUAUCAGUGUCCCUGAUACACAUAAUACCUAUUUACAAAUUGGAGUAGUGAAAAUCGAUGCUAUCAGUGUCCCUGAUACACAUAAUACCUAUUUACAAAUUGGAGUAGUGAAAAUCGAUGCUAUCAAUGUCCCUGAUACACAUAAUACCUAUUUACAAAUUGGAGUAGUGAAAAUCGAUGCUAUCAAUGUCCCUGAUACACAUAAUACCUAUUUACAAAUUGGAGUAGUGAAAAUCGAUGCUAUCAGUGUCCCUGAUACACAUAAUACCUAUUUACAAAUUGGAGUAGUGAAAAUCGAUGCUAUCAGUGUCCCUGAUACACAUAAUACCUAUUUACAAUCUCUUUGUUUAAGAAAAUCCUACCUUUUAGACUGA